AUGAAAGUGCUGCUGCUCAACGAGGCCUCGCUGAGCGACAUGGAGGUGCUCGAGCUCAUGCAGGAGCGCAAAGACCAGCGGCUGCACAAACAAGCGACGGUCGAGUACGCCGAGCGCAAUUGGAUGGACCACAAAGUGCUCAAGUUCCUGACACAGAGUCACUCGCGCUGCUCGACACUGAGCGCCCGUUGCAUUCAGGACUUCCUCACGGAGCUCGCGCAGGCGGACAUGCCGCCGUUGACGUCGGCCGAGAAGCUGCAGUUCAUGAACCACAUUCCCGUGGAGCUCGUGGACGUCCAUUUGAUCGUUGACGACUGCGCUGGACGCUAUUCCGAGACGCAGGUGGACAACCUCAUCCACAUUGUCGAACGGACGCUGGCAGCGGAGCUGAUCCAGCAGCAGCGACGGACUGCUGAGACGACGUCGAUGGAAGACGCAGAUCAGGAGGCAGAUGAGAAACAGCUGAUGGACGCAGAUCGCUCGUGA